CCAAACGGAUGUCUCCCACUCCCCAUUUUCCUCCUCCUGUCUGGCCAAGAAAAUAGCUCAUCUACAUUCGAAAUUUUCUCGGGAAAAUGUCGCUUUGUCGUUUUACCAGCUCUUGAUCCUCCGCGACUUUUUAUCGCACCACCGAGUAAAACUCGCCAUGGCCGUUCAAAUCCUCUCGCCGGAAGUCACGACACUCCGCGCCAUGCGGCGCGUCGAAUUUGCCGCGAACGAAAUCUGUCCCCGAUGCCCUAAUCCGAGAAGUCUCAAAGUUGUCCCGCUGCGUCGUAGGAACGAGGAUUUGGGGUCUAGGAUGAGAAUCCGGGCACGGACUAAGGACGCCGAGUUGAGAAUAUCUUCGGAUUGCGAUCAGAAUAUGAGGCUCUACGGACACUUCUCUGCUCCGGUGAAGAAGAGCAAGGAGGAGGAAGAGCAGCAGGAUUAUUACUUGAAUAUGGGCUAUGCGAUUCGCACUUUGCGCGAGGAUUUUCCGGAGCUUUUUUACAGGGAGCUUAAUUUCGAUAUCUACAGGGAUGACAUAGUCUUCAAAGAUCCGCUCAACACUUUCACGGGAAUUGAGAACUACAAAUCUAUCUUCUGGGGAUUACGAUUCCAGGGAAAAAUAUUUUUCAGGGCUUUGUGGGUUGACAUUGUUAGCGUGUGGCAGCCAGUUGAGAACGUCUUGAUGGUUCGGUGGACUGUUCAUGGAAUUCCUCGAGUCCCGUGGGAAAGUCACGGUCGGUUUGACGGCACUUCUCAGUACAAAUUUGAUAAGAAGGGGAAGAUUUUUGAGCACCGUGUCAAUAACAUCGCUCCCAAUACGCCCUAUAAGUUCCAAGUACUAACUGUGGGUGAGCUGAUCCAGUCUCUGGCCUGCCCCUCAACACCAAAGCCAACAUAUUUUGAGAGUUCAUCCUCUUCAUCUUCGAGAAGGAACUAGCAUGGAGAAGCCUGUCAAUUUUGCUAUACAGUGCGUCCUUAAGUUAAUCCCUGCAGGUUAAACUUUUGGCCUGCUUUUUGCCAGGCUCAAGCAACUUGGAACUGUAAUGGCGGGUUAUUAGAUUGAGUCAUCCCAGUAGACCCUUGUAUGUAGCUGUAUAUUUGUAUAGUAUUGAACGAGCAUAAGCUACCGUUCUUCCCUCGAUGGUGGGUCCUGUAUGACAUCUUGCAACACUGAGUCUGAAUUUAUAAUGCGAAACAUUCUAUGAGUUCAGUA